GGUUGCGAUCAAAAUAAACAUUUCACUGUGAGUUUCACUCUCAUUUCAAUAUCUUAAUUGUGAUUGCUGAUUUCUAUUAACAAGAUGGUAUCUGACAAAGAAAUUGUAAUCAGGAGUACAAUUCACUACUAUUGUCUUCAUGGAUUCAAUCGGAUGAUGGCAAACACGGCGUUGGAAGGAAUCAGAGUUUUCCCUUCGGAUCUCAAAUUCAGACUCUAUUAUGGAAUCUCGUUGCUUUUAGAGGCUCGUUAUCAAGAAGCGAUUCGGGAACUGGAUAAUAUUCAAGAAGAUCAAAAUCUGAUUCUUGCUUCUUUACUUGCACUUAUCCACGCUCAUAAGGCUUGUAAAUCCUCAGAUCGAGAAGAGAUCAGUAAACUCGAGGUGAGACUAAGAGAGCAACGAAAACAGGCGAAAGAGUUUGCUCUUUAUUUCGCUGGACUAUAUUUACUUUUCGUUGGUAGAUUUGAUAAAUCUCGUGAAUAUUGUGAUCGAAUGUUGAAAUUGAAUAACAAUUUGCGAGAAGCAUCAAAUUUACUUGGAUGGCUAGAACUUUUAUCUGGUGGAGAUAAAUCAACAGCUCAAGCGAAUCAAUUUUUUGAUAGUGGCGUCAAACUCAAUGACCCUGAAGGAAUACUUGGAAAAGCUAAAUGUCUUGAACGCAAUGGCUCUUAUUGGAGAGCAAUCGAACAACUAAAUCAGAUGAUUGUCCUUCAACCGACGUUUAUACCUGCUUUUAUCGAGAAAAUGAAAUUACAAGUGGCAUUGAAGGAUUGGGAACAAGCGAUUGACACUGCAAGUCGGAUAUUGGCACUAGAUCGACAUUGUAUCGAAGCGCAUCGCUAUUUAAUAAUCUAUGACUUGGUUUGGGAAGGUAACGAAGCCUCAGCAUCAUCAAGAUUCGAUGAUCUUAUUUCAUCCUUAGAAAUCAGGGAGCCGAAAAAUGGUACACUCCUUUACGAAACUGGUAAACUUGUCGCAAGAUUGGCUUUUAACAAGAAAAGGAUAAUCGAGCAAACUUAUUCAAUGGUAGAAAAAGCGACUUUCCUCGAAUCGAAUCGGAUUGAGUAUAUUCUUGAACUGGGUCAUCAAUGUUUGAUCAUUAAUCGAUUGGUGGAUGCUAAGAGACACUUCACGGCUGUAACUCGGUCAGAUGAGGCCAAUUUGUCGGCUGCAUUGGGAAUUCUUCAUUGCUCAAUUCUCGAUGACCCUGUCAAAGCUUCUGAUCAAGUUGAAGCUAUGGAAGAGCUUCACAAAUCAACUGGAAUGAGUCAUGAGCUAAUGUACCUCAUUUGCCUGUGGAACCGCUCAAUGGGCCGAAAUCACGAUCAAACUAAUCAGUAUUUGGCUCAAAUUGUUGACGAUCGAUUGAACAGUCUUAAAUCUUUUUCUCUUGGAUUAAAAUAUUAUCUCCGUUUGGAUCCACAAUUUUGUUUGAAUGUCGUUCAAAUCUGUUUUGGUGAUUUACCUUUCGAACCUGGGGUCAAGGGUCAACCGUUGCCUGUUACAUUAACCAAGGCAAAGGAAUUACUCACAGUAUUAAUAUCCAACUGUCCAGGAUUGACUGGAUCUUUAUACAAUAUGGCGAGAGUUAAUUACUGCAUGGGUGAUUUAAGAUCUGCUCUUUGUUACCUUGACAAGUCAGUUGACCACGAGCCAACUUUCAUCGAUGGACAUUUGCUCAAAGCAAAGAUAUUAGCCUAUCAAGAAAACUACCAGAAAGCGGCUCAAACCUUAGAAAUAGCUCUCGGUCAUAAUUUUGAGAUUCGCGAUAAACUGGACUACAUUAUGGUUAAAAUCAGCAUAUUAAAACAUCAAAAGGAAUUCGAUGAAUGUCUCAAAAUCCUACAUAAUUUAAUUGAUAAUGAGGUCGAUCGAACAGCAAAGUUCAGCCUCAAUUGGAAUUCAAAAGUAACAAUCCAAUUAGAAAUGGUCAAUAUUUACAUCAUGAAGGGAGAUAAUAAUUCAGCAUCUGAUCUGUUGGACAGAUUGUCCAAGAAUUGCAUUGGAACUCCAGAAGAGAGUAAAGUAUUGAUAAUCAAAGCUUCGUUGGCACAAAGUAGAGGAAAUAUGGAAGAAGCUUUGACAAUUCUUCGAGAGGUGUCACCAAUCUAUGGCAGAGAUUUUAUUUGCUCGAGACAAAUUAUGGCCUCACUGUAUCUUAAACAUCGCCGCGAUCGUCGUCUCUAUAUAAGUUGCUAUAAAGACAUUCUUGAUAAAUAUAACGAUCCUCAAUCGUAUUUAAUGUUGGGUGAUGCUUAUAUGAAUAUUCUCGAGCCUGAAAAAGCAGUUGAAAUAUAUGAACAAGCAUUGAAAAAGAAUCCAAAGAAUGGGCUACUCACACGGCGAGUUGGUCAAGCCUUGAUAAAAACUCAUCUCUUUGAAAAGGCGAUAACUUAUUAUAAAGCUGCUCUUAAAUCAUCUCCUGAUAUCGACCUGAAAUUUGAUUUGGCUUUACUUUUAUUCAAAAUGAAACGUUACCCGGAAGCUCAAGAUUUGAUCUCUCAUGCAAUUGAAUCAUCAAAUGAUGAUUCUGGUUCAAAUCCAGAUCUGAAUAACCUUGAAUGGGAAGCUAAAAUGUUGAAUCUUCUCGCCCAAAUUCAACUACAAACAUCAAAAAAAGACAUUGGCAUUGAAACGCUACAAAGAUCUCAUAACAUGUACCUCAAGGUGUUAAGACGCAUCUCAGCCGAAAGACCCGAUUCAGAGAAAGAGGUUAAAAAAGCAGCGAUUGAGAUUAGUUUACAAUUAGCAAACUUGAUUAUGAGCCAUUUACGUGAUUCGAAAAGAGCUGUUCAAAUCUACAAAGAAGCUCUUGGUUAUCAUCCGGAUAACAUUUUGAUUCUCACAGCAUUGGAACGACUGUAUGUUGCUAACGAUAAUCUCGAAGAGGCUCGAAAAUAUUCAACUUUGAUUUUGAAAAAUGCUCCGAAUGAUAAAGAUUCUCUCUUGAUGACUGCUGAUCUAAUGUUUAGAAGGAACGAUUUUGAAGGAGCUUUAUCACAUUUCCAGCAAUUGAUGGAUAACAUUAAAAAUUAUUAUCCUGCAUUAGCGAGACUUAUUGAAGCUGCUCGUCGUGUUGGUAAACUUGAUAUCGCUCAUAAUUACAUCAAUAAAGUUUCAGAAUCAACGCCAAGAGCUACAUCAGAAAGUGGAUUUAAUUAUUGUAAAGGAUUAGCUUGUUGGUACACUGGAGAUAUUAAUCAAGCAAUCAAGUGUUUCAAUCGAUCCCGAUCAGAUCAAGAGUUUGGACUCAUGGCUUCUUUUCAUAUGAUUGAGAUCUUUAUUAAUCCUGAACGAGGGACAAUCGGUGGUGAAACAUUCGAAUCGGUCAAUUCGAGUCUAACAAGUUUAGAGACUAUGAAUGCUCAAGAAGCAGCAAUCAAAACAGCUCAAAAGCUUUUAGGAGAGAUUCGUGAUAUCGCAUCAGAUGAUGUUGAUUAUCUUCUCAUGUGCAAUUUUGUUCUAUUGGCUCGAAAACAAAAAACCGAUGCUGAAGUUGCUCUUUCCGAAUUUGCCAAAAUACUCAAUGAUUCAAGAUACAAAGAUCAUUCUGGUGCUUUGCUUGGUGUGGCCAGUAGUUACAUUAUUCUCAAACAAACGCAAAAGGCUCGGACUCAUUUGAAGAAAGUUACUAAAACUGAUUGGUCAUAUUCGGAAGCUGAAUACCUCGAGAGAUGUUGGCUUUUAUUGGCAGAUAUUUACAUACAAUCAGGUAAAUUUGAACCUGCACAAGAGUUAUUGAAACGCGUGUUACAAUACAAUAGAUCUUGUGUUAAGGCUUAUGAAUAUUUUGGCUUCAUUAUGGAUAAAAGCCAAAGUUUCAGAGAAGCGAUUUACAAUUACGAAAUGGCCUGGAAAAUCUAUGGCGCUAAUUAUGCCUCCGUCGGGUACAAAUUAGCAUAUGAUUAUAUGAAAGUUAAACGUUAUGCUGAUGCCAUUGAUGUCGCUCAGUCAAUUCUUGAAAUUUAUCCGGACUAUCCAAGAAUCAGAAAGGAUAUCAUUGAAAAAGCUAAAACUCAUCUCAAAAAUUGAUAAAUUCAAUUAUUAAUAUUAUCCAUCGAAAUGAUUUUAACGAUUUCGAUAACAAACUUGUUUUUUUUACUGUGAAAUGAAUAAAUUAUCAAAAUAGUUUUGAAAACAUGACACAGU